UUAAAAAAAAACAAAAUUAAAUUAAAAAUUUAAAUAAAGCAGCCAACGUCUGUGAAAUUACAAAAUAAAGAACAAAGAUCGAGCUCCUACUGUAGGACUCCCAUUUCCAUUUUCUCUCUCUAGAUUCUCUCUCUUUCUCUCUCCUCCCAAGCUCCUCAUCAAUGGCGAACAGUAAUCUACCUCGAAGAAUCAUCAAGGAAACUCAGCGUCUCCUCAGCGAGCCAGCUCCGGGUAUAAGUGCUUCACCUUCAGAAGACAACAUGCGGUACUUCAAUGUUAUGAUUCUUGGACCUUCACAGUCACCAUAUGAAGGAGGAGUAUUUAAGUUGGAACUAUUUUUGCCGGAGGAGUAUCCAAUGGCUGCUCCAAAGGUUCGAUUUCUCACCAAGAUAUAUCAUCCAAACAUUGAUAAGCUAGGGAGGAUAUGCCUUGAUAUUCUCAAAGACAAGUGGAGUCCUGCUCUUCAGAUACGAACUGUACUCUUGAGUAUUCAAGCAUUGCUUAGUGCUCCAAACCCUGAUGACCCUUUGUCUGAGAACAUUGCUAAGCAUUGGAAAACAGACGAGGCAGAAGCUGUUGAAACUGCGAAAGAAUGGACUCGUCUAUAUGCAAGUGGGGCUUAAUUACAUGGCAACAACUUUACCCUCUUCAAAUAACAAUUGUGAUGUUUGAUAUCUGACUGAUUCUAAACCAAGCCUUCUGGUUAGAAACAUGAAUAUCAAGUGAUAAUCUAGGUUAAAUGAUGAUCAAUUGUUCGUAUAAAAUAGCCUUGUUUUCUGUUGUCUCUUCUAUCUUUUCUACCCUGUCGAAUCUUUUGCUUGGAAAUUGUAUAAUUUGUAUUUGCGUUGCAUAUCUGGAGCUGUUUUAUUGUCAUUAUAGAAGGUAACUGAAAUUCAGUUGCAUGUAA